AGCUGGCAGCUCGGGUACGUUCCCAAUCUGGCAUUUUAUUCGAGUUGUUUGGUGAUUUAUUUAGUUUAUUAGGUCGUUUCCACGUUUUUAGAUAUGAAGAAACACGAUUUAUAGUGAUGUUAAUGAAGCGUUGAGUAAAAGCGCGUGAGAAUUCCUAAAAAUGAUGGAACCGCCGUCAAUGGACACAGUGUACCAGGCUAUCGCAGCUUUGUUCGAUAACCCCAACGCAAGUGAAAAAGAAAAGGCUUCGUUAUGGCUGGCAGACGUGCAGAAAUCUAUCCAUUCGUGGAAGAUCGCGGACCAGCUGUUACAGCAGAAGAAAGACAUACAUUCGUGUUAUUUCGCGGCGCAGACGAUGCGGGCUAAGGUCCAACACAACCUGUCGGAGCUGCCGUCGGAGGCGCUGGUCCUGCGCGACUCGCUAGUGGCUCACCUGGAGCAGACGUCGCCGGAGACCAGUUCGUCGAUACUGACGCAGUUGUGCCUCGCGCUCGCCGAUCUAGCCUUGCAAAUGCAGACGUGGCAAAACUGUGUUAGUGAUCUUAUAAAGUCAUUUUCUAAUAAAAAUGACUUUGCAUUAUUAGAAAUACUUACAGUGCUUCCACAAGAGAUUGACUCGUCAAGUUUAAAACUUGGUGAGAACCGAGAGGAUAUUAAAGCAGAGUUACGUUCAAAUGCUCACAUAGUUACUAUAUUCCUUAAAGAGAGCAUCACUAGCUCUCAGAACAGUCAUGUUGCAUUAAAAGUGAUAAAAUGUAUGACGUCUUGGCUGCAAGUGAAGUCCAUCAACAUUCAAGAGGUGCCGCAGAAUGCAGUGAUUGGAUUCUGCUUGCAAGUUCUAAGGGAUCACAACUGUAUCAACACAUUACAUGAUGCAGCAUCCGACUGUAUAUGUGCACUACUACAUUGUCUAGAAGAGAAUAAUAACAAUGAUAAUAUAGAAAGACUGUUAUUUGAUAGUAUAUCCGCUUUAGAGGAGAGUUACCACAUGGCCGUAGCUCAUGAGGAGGAUGAGAAGGCCACAAAUUAUGCAAGAGUAUUCACUGAAUUGGCUGAAACAUUUUUAGAGAAAAUUAUAGCUUGCACAGCAGGUGGAAACACACACUUUGCCAUGAGAUCACUGGAGUUGGCACUGGUCUGUGUUGGACAUCAUGAUUAUGAGGUUGCAGAAAUAACUUUCAACCUGUGGUAUAGGUUGUCUGAGGAAGUGUAUCAGAGAGAUUACCAGCCUUUAACAGAUGCAUUUACGCCCCACAUAGAGAGGUUGAUAGAGGCUUUGGCAAGGCAUUGUCAGUGCGAGCCAGACCACACACACUUACCUGACGAGACAGAUGAGUUCUAUGUAUUUCGCAUGAAAGUGAUGGGCCUGAUCAAGGAUGUGGUGUUCAUUGUGGGCUCGAGCUCCGUGUUCCGACAAAUGUUCGCCGCGCUACAGGCAGACAUUUCCUGGGAACAGACAGAAGCAGCACUCUUCAUCAUGCAGUCAGUUGCAAAGAACAUUUUACCGGAAGAAUAUGAGUAUGUGCCUAAAGUGGUAGAAGCGAUAUUGUCUAUGCCUGCCGGUGCCCACGUCGGCGUCCGCGAGACCUGCAUACUGCUCCUGGGCGAGCUUUGCGACUGGGUGGAGCGGCAUUCGGUGCCUCGAGCGUGUCUGCAGUUCCUCAUCAGGGCCCUCCAUGACAAGCGGCUCGCUAAUGCCGCUGCUACCGCUCUGCUGAAUAUCUGUAAGUCAUGUCGCGCGCAGGCGUCGUGCCACGUAUCCACGUUGCUGCAGGCCGGGCAGCUCUGCGACGAGCUGGACCUGCCGCUGCAGACUUCUGCUGCCAUCAUGAGGGCACUGGCUUCUGCUAUAGGCCAGCUUCCGCCUGAUCAGAUGAGUGCAGCGAUGUGUUCUGCAGUGGGCGCGCAGCUGGCCGGCCUGCGCGCUGCGCUCGACGCACUCGGGGCGGCCUCGGGCGGCGCGCGGGCCGCCGGCUCGGGGACGUGGCUCGACCGCACCGCCGCGCUGUUCCGCGACGUGGACGCGCCCACGCCCAGCGACCCCGACCAACACCCGGCGCUGCAAGCGUUCCACGACGCCUGGCCGCUCUUCGAAGAAGUCAUGGAGAAGCUGGGCGGCGACGGGCGCGUGACGGAGCGCGUGUGCCGCGCGCUGCGGUUCAGCGUGCGCUGCGUGCGGUCGGGCGCGGCGGGGCUGGCGCCGCGGCUGGCGGCGGCGCUGCAGCGGCUGUACUGCACGCACCGGCCCAGCGCCGUGCUGUACGUGGCGGGCGUGCUGCUGGACGAGCUGGCGCCGCGGCCGCAUGCCGUGCCGCACCUGGUGGCGCUGCUGCAGGCGCUCAUGCCGCAAGCCUUCCAGCUGCUGCAGCAGGAACACGGACUCAGGGACAACCCAGACACGGUCGACGACCUCUUCAGACUAUGCAUCAGGUACUUACAACGAGUCCCGCUAGAGUUCCUGUCUAGUGGCGCGAUGCCUGCUGUGAUCCAAUGCGCUAUCCUAGCGACUAGUCUUGACCACAGAGAGGCCAACUCCUCUGUCAUGAGAUUUCUUUAUGACUUCGUGAGGGCCGCCAACUGCUCCAGGCCAGAGAAACAGCAGAUUAAAGCGGUAGCCGACGAGCUGCUAAAUACGUACGGCCAGGAGUUGAUGUACGCGCUGAUGGAGGCGUCCGUGAUCCACCUGCACGCGUACAUGCUGAGCGAGGUGGGCGAGGUGGUGGUGGAGCUGGUGCGGUGGCAGGCGGGCCGCGCCGACCUGCUGCUCGCGGCCGUGCAGCGGCUGCAGGCGCUGCCGGCGCACGGCGCCCGCGCCACCGACCAGCAGCGCUGGCAGUUCCACCAGUACGCACUCAGGGCAGAAAAAUGCAAGGAAAUGACGAGACUACUCCGAGACUUCGCCAAAUUAUACCGAUAAGACACGCGUGGUAUUUUUAUUAAAAAUGCAAUAGCAUAAUAAUUCCUCAUAGAGCGUCAAGACUGAAGGACGUAAGAUUUCUAAUCGAACUAAAAUCAAAACGAAUAAAUGCUAAAUAUUUAUGUAUGAACAUAAACUUAUGUGAACAAUUUGAAAAAGGAUUAUCUGCAGAAAGCCUUGUUAAACUGAAAGCAGUGGGAAGUGUGUGUUACUCUUACAUCUCACUUCAUUAUGUUAAAUGCAAUACAAUAUACUAAGUUUCUAUCUA